CGUGACUUGUUUUGUUUUGAUGGAAGUGAAUUUUUUGUUUACAACAAAAAUUUGAUUGAAAAUGUUUUUGAAUCGUUUCUCUAGUCGAUCAAUUAAAUUGAGUGUUAAUGUUUUAUACAAAAUUAGGUCUUCUAAUUACUGCAAAGAAUUUCAAAUCGAUUCAAGUCCAUUAAAUCCUGGUCGAUUGAAUUUCUACAAGAAAGCUUUUUAUGCUUUUCUUUUCACCGGUGUAGUCAGUGUUGCUUGGUUUUCAAAGAAAAGAUCUGAGAAAAGGUCGGAGUUAAUCAGGGAAGCGACUCGAUUGAACUCAAAGAUCGGACGUAUGACCAUGUACAGAUUCCGUGAUUUUAUUAUCCCAGAGGAAGUGUUGAAAUUAAUACCACAAUUGUCUUCAAUUCAAUUCAACUCCAAUGAUGUUAUCCUUUGCUCGUUUCCCAAAACAGGUGUUACAUGGCUUCAGGAAAUCGUGUGGCUUAUCAUGAAUGAUUAUGACUUCAAUAAGGCUCUCAACAUCAAUCUAGAGGAGAGGUCUCCUUUCUUGGAAUGGAUCAUGCCGGGAAUCUCUGGAAUCAAUAAAAUGCCGAGUCCAAGGUUGAUCAAAACUCAUCUUCCAUUAAGUAUUUUGUUCAAUCAAGAGACUAAAAUUGAGCCAAAAGUGAUUUCAAUAACAAGGAACCCGAAAGAUGUUGUUGUUUCUUACUAUUUUUUUGCUCGGAUGAACAAACUGAUUGAUUAUAAUGAUUCAGUUUCUGAAUUUGCAGAGAGAUUUCUUUCCGGUGAAGUGCCUUAUGGUCCAUUGCAUAAACAUUACAUUGAUUGUUUAAAAUAUUCACUUGUUGAAGGGAAUAAGGUUCUUCUAAUUUCUUACGAGGAUCUCCAUGAAGACUUCGAAAAAAAUGUUCAUCGAAUCUGUAAUUUUCUAGAUCAACCACUUCCGGAUGAUAAAACGAUGUCUCGAUUAAAGGAACAUUGUAAUUUCCGAUUCAUGGCUGUCAAUCCACAGGUUAAUUACUCUCAUUGGGAUAGAAUUGGUUUACGAAAUCCUGAUGAAUCUCAAUUCUUUCGCAAUGGACAGGUUGGCGAUUGGACUAAUCAUCUAAUUGAACCAAUAGCAAUUAAAAUGGAUAAGCACAUUCAACUUCAUUUAUCCGACUUGUUUAAAUUCAAGGAUAAAAUUACUAAAAGUCAAUCAACAUAAUAUUAGCUAAAUAUCACCAGAAUGUUUAUCAGGUGGUUGGACUAUUGAUUAAAUCAUCUAGAGUACAUAAAGUAAAUCAAAGAAAUAAAAAAUCAAAUAAAAAUCAAAAGAAAAGUUAUUUUGAUCUGAGCGCCAAUAAUAUGUCACAUCAGCUGAUCUCAGUUGUCAACAACUUGUUGAUUCAUUUUGAGUUGAACCUUUCAAAAGUUACUUUUGUUUACAUUCAUUUUAAAAAUGGACAUUUAUAUAAAUGCCCUUCAACUCAACUUAUUUCAGAGUUGCUAUAAGAGGCCAAAAAAUACAUAUCUUUGCCUUAAAACAAUCUCAAUAAUGUUACAUAUUCUUGAUGAUGAGAACAGAUAUUUCUCUGAAUACGUGACCUUUGUGCUCUAUCGGAAUCAUGUCAACAUGAUUGGACGUACAAAAACCCCACGAAGGAUCCGAGCGAUAACUGAUAUUGAAAAAUGGGGAUUUGAUUUUGAUAAUUAUAAUGUCCAAAUCCAUGAAGUUGUUAACAAUCAAGAUGCGAAGCGAGAUCCAAUCAACCAUUUGGUCAGUGGUGUUGAUAAUCUUCAAUUAGAUGCUUCAAUAAAACAAGAAUCAACAGUCUUCAAACUCAAUCGAGCUCAAAAGUCUCUGUUCAAAGAUCUUCAAUUGCGAAAAUCCACAAGUUGCAUUGAUUGGUCGUGUUUGGCGGUUAUGUUCAACAUACUCGAAGACAAAUCUGAUUGUUAUUGGUCCAGUGAUUUAGUUUGUUCUUUUUAUAACGAAUUUGUCCAAAAAAAUCCAUAAAAAAAUGUGAAUCUCGAAACGAUUUGAGUCAUUUCUGAACGACUUCUCACUCUCGAACUUAAGUUGACAAAUGAUUUAAUUUGCAAUCUUACAAUGAAUCAGAUACAAUUUGAUUGGAGUAAGUGAAAGUAAAGGAAAAAAUCAACAAUUAAAUUAAAGAAAGCAAAUUAUUUCGAUUAAUUGUUAUCCCAA